UUGUACUUUGUUGUCGGGUUUGGUGUAGGGAGAAGCUCCGCUGUCUAACUCCACUCUACAACUAGGCGUCCCCCAGUCCUGUAAAGAGCUCCCCAGAAACGUCUCCAAUGACCUCCCCACGUCAGCGCCGCGACUCGGACCGCUACUGCCAGCUAUGCAAUGCCUGGUUCAACAACCCCGGCAUGGCUCAGCAACAUUAUGAUGGCAAAAAGCACAAGAAGAACGCUGCCAGAGCAGACCUGCUGGAGCAGCUGGGCAAGACCCUGGACAUGGGAGAGAUGAAAGGUCUGAAACGGAGCUAUACCUGUGAAGUCUGCAGCGUCACACUGAACUCAGUGGCACAGUACCAUGCACAUCUGCAGGGCUCAAAGCACCAAAAUAAUCUGAAGAAUCAGAUAUGUGUCCAGUGAGCGUGGGACAAAGAUAAAAACCAGCUAUUGGAUUGAUGUCAGACAAGCUGUGGUCAGCUUGCCCUGCUUUUUCUGCCUCUGCCCUGCUUCUGCUCUCCUCCACAUCAUUUUGAUUUCUCUCUCUCUCUCUCUGUCCUGUCUUUCACUCUGUCUGUUUCAGCCACUCUGAGGGAGGAAAAUAAAGACAUUUUUUUUGUAACACUCUA